GGUCACUCACUUUAAAACACAGAGAUUGAUCCCUCCCUCCCUCCUGUGGACUCCAGUCCUCCCUCCCUCCGUCUCCCAGCAGGGUGGAGUCAGUUGAUCUGACCAGUUUCAGGGUCAACCUCCAGUUGCAGAGGGGUGAUCUCCUUCUCCUGUCCUUCUACUUCCAGAGGUUUCAGUUCCUUCUCCGUCGUGCUCCCUCUUCUUCUUUGGAUCCUCCAAUGUUUUAACCAAAACUCUUCCCAUUUUCUUUCCUUGAUUGUCACUUUUCAUCAGAAUUCCUCUCGGCUGAACUACAUCUACUCUUCUUCGUCCCUUCUCUUUAUUAUUUGGACCACUGGGUUCUGACAGGGACCCAACGCAAACCAACAAGUAAGAAUGACAGACAAAGCGGGCAUGCCGGCAGGUGGGGGAGGCGGAGAUGACGCAGGAAACAUCAUGGUGUUGCUGGAGCGCGUGGCGGGCCUCAUGGACAGUGUCCAGACCACACAGCAGCGUAUGGAGGAGCGUCAGUUGGAGCUGGAGAACACAGUGAAGACCAUCCAGUCCGAUGUCGUCAAGCUGACCAGCGACCACGCCAACACCAGCUCCACCGUCAACCGGUUGCUGGAGAAGACACGUAAGGUCAGCCGCCACAUCAAGGAUGUCAGGGUGCGUGUGGAGAACCAGAACAUCCGGGUGAAGAAGGUGGAAGUCACCCAGGGCGAUCUCCUGGCCAAGAACAAGUUCAGGGUGGUCAUUUAUCAGGGCGACCAGGAGGUGAAAGCCGUUACACCCGGCAAUGAGUCAGCAGAACCCAGUGGUGGCGCCAGAGGUGAGGUGGAACCGGACAAGUUCGAGCUUCCUCCAGAGUCGGACGAGGAGUACAUGGUGGUGGAGGAGGCCGACUCAUCGGCGGCCGGCCGCAUGAAGAAAACGGGUCUGACUCGCAUCGAGAGCUUCAAAGCCACUUUCUCCAAGGAGAACAUGAGCAAGACCCGCGAGAACCUGGGCACCAGGGUCAACAAAUUCGGUGAGCGCAUCGUGACGGCCGAGAGGCGUGAGAAGAUCCGUCAGUCAGGUGAGAGGCUGAAGGAGACCAUCACCAAGAGCGUCCCGGCCAAGCUCAACCUGAAGAAGGAGAGGACUGUGGCGGAGGGCCAGGAGGGAGCCGAGGGCGCCACGGACGGAGCCGUGCCCAUCCCCCCACCCAAGGGCCACAAGGGCAGCGCGGACGCUGCCAAGAUGGCUGCCGACGAGGGCAAGGCGGAAGAGUCAGAGGUGCCGAUAUACGACAUGAAGCAGUUAUCGUAAAUUGUGACAGUGACGAGAUCUGGGGCGUUUUCUUUGGAUGACUGUGACCACACAGAAGGAGCGAUCAAAGUCUGUAGGGAGAGCGAAUAAUGAAGUUGAACUUUAGUUUGAAAGUGACUGAAGGAAGUGGAAAGAGCCGGUCACAGAUCCGAUCAACAACCAAACUGACUCCUGACAUCACUGAGGUGACGCGAGUUCUGGACUCUUUUAUUUCAAUCAUUAUUGUUAUUCAUCAGAACAUAUAGAGAGAAUCUUUUUAUUUUAACACUGACUGUGGAGAAACCUUCCUCAUCUUCAUCUUCAUCCUCUUCACUCUGCUGCUGCUCACUCGUCUCCACACGUUCUGACUGAAACGCUUUUAAAGAGACGUUUCAUGGUGCGUUUGGUUUUGUAAAAUGUUGAAGACAAUGAUUGAAGUGAAAAUGUAAAAGAGUCAAACCUGAACUUCUGUGUGUAAACUGAACUAAAUUAAACCAUUUAUUCUACUUUAAUAGAAGCACAGGUUCAAAACCAUUUCAUUAUUGAAUGAUUGAAAAGUCUUUAGUAUUCAUUGACCUUUGACCUGUGAGGAGUGAUGACAUUCUGCACUAGAGAUGAAUUAACCGCAAAAAUAACAGUUCUUGAUCGUUUUUGAAGGAAAAACAUUUUUUAGUGUUUUUUUAGAGCAGGGAGCCGAACGACAGACCUGAGGUCCGAGCAGACCCUUUAAUCCAAUGUUGAAUCUGCACACACAUAUCAAUACAAUAUAUUUCCACCUUUCAGUUUAUUUUAUUUCAGAGUAUCUAUUCAAUUUCACAGCUCGGCCUGUUGAAGCACUGAAACUAGUUCAUCGAGCUGCAUCAUCAUCAGACUGUGUUUUGUCCCCAAACUGAAAAUAAAGACGUUUCAUUGACGUUCAGCUGGAAACGUUCAGUGAGAAACUGUUUUACUGUAAUGCUUCCACACGUGAUCAGUGUCCUGACAUGUUGUGUAGACAUGUUGUGUAGUCA